UCAUAAGUUAUGAAAUAAAAGUUGUAUUUUAUUAAUAAUUGACACUUUAUUUUGAUUAUUCAAAUGAAUUGUUGUAUACAUUAAGUGACAGUUUGUGUAACACUUAAUAUGAGAGACACGGCUCACGACUUGUUGGAGACGGAGAACAGGCAGAGAGCCGAUCGGUUGGCCACUAAGAUAUCGACCCUCAAGAAU